AUGUCUGAUGAUAUUGUUAUCAACGGCCGGACUGUGGCUAGCUCUGAUCUGCAGUCAGACGCUGCCGACUCGAACUAUAUCUUGGUUCGCACCACAGGUGACCCCUUGAACAAAGCGCAGAAGACCGAACUGAAGGGCCUGGGAGUUGAGAUCCAGGAGUUUGUCGGGAACGAAAACGACCAGCUGUAUCUCUGCGGAUACAAGCCCACGUCUCUGGACCAAGUCCGUCACCUGGACUACAUCAGCUAUGCCAAUAUCUACUCUCCCACCUUUGUGGUGCCGGACGUCCUACAGUCUACUACGACCACACCAGCGUUGAGAACCAACGAGGAGACUGACGGCACCGUCGAAGUGGAUGUCCUGCUUCACCACGACAUCAAGGAGGCAUCCGAGGACAUUUUGAGCAAGAUUGCAGAAGCCGGGAGCGUGCAGACGUCAGCCAUCUCGGUCGAGCCAGGCUUCAUCAGGGUGAAGGUUGACCCCGAGAAACUGGACAAGAUCGCCGCGGUCGACGAGGUGCGGGUCAUUCACCCGAUCAAUGAACGCCGACUUUUCAAUAACGUUGCUCGUGGCAUCCUGCGCCUGGAUGGGCAAAGUGGCAGCAACACGUCCUACAAGGGAAAAGGCCAGGUUGUGUGUGUAGCAGACACGGGUUUCGACAAAGGCAGCCAGACCGACGUGCACGACGCCUUUCUCGGUCGUGUGAGGAAGCUCAAUCCGUGGGGCCGAAGGAGAUUGAACCUUUCAGAUGACCCAGAUGGCCAUGGCACUCAUGUGUGCGGUUCCGUCCUAGGCAGCGGCCAGCAUAGCUCACAGGGUCUGAUCCAGGGUGCAGCCCCCGAGGCGACUCUGAUUAUGCAGUCGACAUUCAGCGGUUUCGACUCGAGACGCCGAUCCCAACUCGGAGGCAUUCCAAACGACAUCAGUCAACUGUUCGAUGAAGGCUACAAAGCCGGCGCGAGAGUCCACACAAACUCGUGGGGUACUCCGUUGUCAGCAACAGGCGUGCAAAACCCUUACGAUGGUGGUGCCGAGAGUAUCGACAAGUUCGUUUUCGAAAACCAGGACAUGACCAUCCUUUUCGCCGCCGGCAAUGACGGGCAAGACUCGGACCUUGAUGGCAAAGUCAACGAGCGCUCGCUUGGUGCUGAGGCUGCGGCCAAAAACUGUAUUACUGUCGGGGCGUCCGAGAACAACCGCCCUGACCUCCAGUCUGGCGAGGCAGGCCGGGCAUACACAUAUGGCGGCUUCUGGCUUCGGGACUUCCCCAAGAAUCCUCUGAAAGAUGACCACCAAGCCAACAAUCCGGAAGGGCUUGCAGCGUUCAGCAGCCGUGGACUAACGGCGGAGAAUCGCAUCAAGCCAGACAUUGUCGCCCCAGGCACCGCCAUCCUCUCGGCACGUUCCAGAAACCAGAAAUACGAUGACGAAGUCAAGAUCAUGGGGGAGUCUGGUGAUGAUAGGUACAUGUAUCUGUCGGGCACGAGCAUGGCCACGCCUCUGGUGGCGGGUUGCUGUGCCGUUCUUCGAGAGGCGCUGCUGGCCCACGGCUACCAAGAUGAGCAGAAUGGCGUCAAGAACCCCACGGGCUCGCUGAUCAAGGCUCUGCUGAUCAACGGCGCAGUGCCCAUCAAAGGACAAUACAUGCCCAAGGAGGUCGGGGACGAGCCCAACCCGCAUUCCGGCUUCGGACGUGUCGACGUGUCAACCUCGGUGGUCGACCCUGCCGAAAAGUCCUCGGGAUAUGAAAUUGGAGCCAUCGAGGACGACGAAGAGCCAGUCACGUUCAAGAUCACCGUCCCCCAGACCGGGGGUCGCACCCUGAAAGUCACCCUGGUGUACGCCGACGUUGCCGGUGCCGCGCUGGCCAAUGACCUGAACCUGCUCGCCGUCGCGGGCGGCAAGGAGCGUCACGGCAACCAGCAGGAUCAAGAGUUCGACGUCGGCGCGACCAGGACCUUUGACCGCCGCAACAACGUCGAGCAGAUCAUCUGGGCCCAGAUCCCGGGUGACGAGGUCGAGAUUGUCGUCAAGCCGUUCCGUCUGUUUAGUGAGCGUGUGCCCUUUGCCGUGGCGUGGAGGUUUUAUUAG